CAACCUUCACGUGUCCCUAUAAAAAUCCAACGUCGUCAUAUUGCAUUACUUCACAGAGCCUCAACCUUCCCACCCCAUGUCCGAACCUACCUACCUACCCUACCACAAACUACAGCACAUCCAGCAAAGACCAAACACCCUACGCCAACAAAAGGGUUCUACGUUUUCUACGAGACAGCUGGACACGAAUAGGAAUACGCAAACAAACGAAAAACCCACACGUAAUGGAUUGGCGCAGUUGAUAGCGCAGCACAGCAUAGUACAGUACCAGAUCAGAAUCCGAAUCCGAAUCAAGAAUCUGAACAAGAACCGAACGGAACGAGAAAAGGCAAAGGAAAGGCAAAGAAAGAAAGGAAAGGAGGAAAGAUGGAGAAUCUCACUAUCAACGAUGUCGUCGCGGCCACCUCACCUUCUCAAACUGGAGGUGGUGCGCUGGGACAGUUGCAACAGCAGCAGCAGAGUCAGCAGUUACCUCCGCAGAUGUUUACUACUGCGGCGCAGUUGUUGGAUAUGACGGAUAGUAAGAUACUCCCUUGGGUUUCCUUUUUUGGUCUUUGGUUUGUUUUGGUGCGGUUUGUUUGUGGAGGGCGAUGUUGGGUGAGGGGUGAGGGGUUGUUUGGCUUGGUUUGGUUGUUUGCUUUUGAGGGGUCCAUUCAUGUAGGGAGAAAGAAUGAUAGAAAGAGAGAUGGUAGAGAGAGGGAGAUUAUGAUUCUUUGCUAACACCCUUUUUUCUUCUCAAUUAUAGAAAAACUCAUGGUCGCCCUCCGCGAUGGGAGGAAACUAAUAGGUGUCCUACGAAGCUGGGAUCAAUUUGGUAUCUAUCCCCCUCUCCCCUCCAUUCCCCCCUCUCUAACCCACCAACUAACCACCCCCCCAGCAAACCUCGUCCUCCAAUCCACCAUCGAACGCAUCUUCGUGCCCCCCUCGCCCACAUCCCCGGGUCUCUACGCCGACGUCCCACGCGGCAUCUUCCUCGUCCGCGGCGAGAACGUGCUCCUGCUGGGGGAAAUCGACCUCGAUAAGGACGACGAUGCGCCGCCGGGGUACGAGCGUGCUGAGGUGGAGGUGGUGCAUCGGCUGCAGCGGGAGCGGAAGGGGAGGGAGAGUAGGAGGGAGAAAGUUGUUAAACGGAAAUUGGGGGAGUUGGGGUUUGAGGGGGAGAAUAUGGGGGAGGCUUUGAUUUGA